AUGGGACACUACGUGGCCUUUUCUCCAAAAAGCUGGAAACAACAGUUUGGUCAUAUUCAGAGCGAGUUGAUGCAGCCUGUCUCUGAAGGAUGUUUGGAGUUCUGGUACUACAUGAACAUGUGGACACUUGUUGACAAGCUCAAACUUACAGUUUAUGUAAAUGAAUCUGGCUUACUUCGCUCUCUGUGGACUCAAACCGGUUAUCAGGGGAAUGUGUGGCAUCAAGCCACUUUAGACUACACAUCGUCUGAACAACACCAGAUUGUGUUUGAAGUUUACUGUCCAGAAUUAGACACCGGAACUAUUGCUUUAGAUGAUAUUUACAUCAGGAAGGACACAAGCUGCUCUGCACUCAUCCCAACUACACCUGCACCCACAACCGAACCCACAUCUCCUCCAGCCUCCUCCAUGGACUGCAACUUUCAAGAGGGACUGUGUAACUGGGUUCAAGAGACAGAGGAUGGUUUCGACUGGAUCCGUCAGACGGGCGGACAGCUGAAUGAUCCGUGGCUUGGACCUUUAUAUGAUCACACCUUAAAAAAUGACAAUGGGUUUUAUCUUAUUGCAAAUAUGUCUGAUAAUAAAAACGGUAAGGCUGCAGUUAUUUCUGCUCGGACGGUUUACGAUGCUGAUGUCUGUGUGGGAUUCUGGUACUACAUGUUAGGACCAGCUGUCGGGGACUUAAAUCUAAUCUUUGAGAAGAAAACAAUGGAAACUAUUGCAUGGACAAGAGGAGGCACUCAGAACUCAGAGUGGUUGAAUGCUCAAGUCUCCAUAAGUGCUCCAGAUAUUCAGAAAGUGAAGUUUUCAGUGAACAGUAUCGUAGAAGGCAAAGGAUUCAUAGCUAUUGAUGACCUCAGAGUUACAACAGGGGCUUGUGAAGAUCACAACUCAUGUGGGUUUGAAUCUCCAUCUCUAUGUGGCUUUGAGUCUGAUGGUUUUGGGUGGAUUCAUGUAGACGGCAGCAGUGGCCAUACUGACCACACAUACAGAACUGAACUUGGCCAUUCAAUGGCUGUGCUUGGAGCUGAGCUUCACAAACAAAAGUUCACACAACUUUUGACACCAGAGUACAACCCAUCUACAGAGUCUUGCUUGCAGUUCUGGUACUGGCUGUCUGCAGGCUCAAGUGAUUCACUUUCAGUACACAUUCUUUUGAAUGGGGAACUGGGACCAGAACUGUGGAAUCUCUCUGGAGCACCAUCUAAAAGUUGGGAAAUAGCUGAAGUCACUGUCUCAUCUCCCUCUAAAUUCAGGGUGGGUUUCCCUAUUCUGCAAUAUUUUCUUUUAAGAGUCAUAGAGGGAUUUCAUAUUGAUCCUCUCCUUGUCUUUACAGUCACAAUGUCACAAUAUUACAAAGAAAACUUCUUCACCCAAAGUUCUGCUUUUUUAUGUUCUCAAUUAUGCAAGUUUAUGAUACAGUAA